GGGGGUGCAGUGUCUCCUGUGAGCUAAUGCUGUAGCGCCUACAAUUGUAAUUUGGCGACAGCCGGCAAAAAGCUCCAGAGUUGUUUAAAGUGGCUGCAGUAACCACAUUUUACCACAUGAUGUCGUUUUUACUUUGUUUCUGCAUAAUGCACCUUUAAACAGUAGACAAUACUGUGGAAUAUAGGAUGAUUUUUUUCUCUUUAACAAAGUUUCUCUUCUGUGUAUUGUUGUUUAUUAUGUGUGAAUAACUUUGUUUGUGACAUUUGUGCAUAUUCAGGAAUAGGCUCCAUCUUGAAAAAGUCAUUUUGUUUUAUGUGAAGCCUAAAAUAUCUCAAAUGUAUUUUUAAGGAGACUCAAGAUAUUGAUUUAUGCCAGCAGGUGGCAGAGUUUUGCUUGAUAGGGAUGAUUAUGUGAGUCCAUCAUUACUAUCAGUAGCUCAGUAGGUAGAGUGGGUUGUCCAGUAAUCAGAGGGUUGUAGGAUUGAUCCCAACUCCCUACAGAGAAGUCUACUGUUGUGUCCUUGGGCAAGAUACUUAACCCUCCUUGCCUGGUGGUGAUGGUCAGAGGGACCGGUGAUGCCUGUGUACAGCAGCCUUGCCUCAGUCAGUGCACUCUGGAGCAGCUGUGGCUACAUUAUAGCUCAUCACCAUCAGUGUGUGAAUGUGUGUGUGAACGGGUGAAUUAUUCACUGUAGUGUAAAGCACUUUGGAGUCUUCUGACCCCGAAAGGCACUAUAUACAAUACAGGUCAUUUAUCAUUUCAUCAUACUACAAUAGUCAAUAAUAUUCAUUUUGCCGAAUUCAAACAUUAGUUAGUUAUUUGAUUAGUUUAAUCAAAAAUAUUUGAGAAUCAAUCAUUUUUUCUUCAACUCAGUAAUACAUAAUUCCAAUAAUCUCCAUUCAUUUGAGUUAUGGAACUCCUAGUCUCCAUUACACGCACGUAGAGGCCAAGUAAUUACUCUUAAUCUUGUUGAUUUAUCAGCCAAGUAAACAACAAAUGCACAGAAGUGCUACUAUAAAAGCAGAGAAGACGUGCUGGAGCUCAGAUGUCCAAGCAGUCUGUUUCCCGUUUCUUGAAAAUAGCAAAAACAUUUUUUGAUACUAUGCCAUCAGUGUGUUUUACUUUCAGUCUGCCAGUCUGUGCUGACGUAAACACCACUGCAUGUGAGUUUAGAAGUGCUCUUAAGUCAGGAGGCAAGGCUAAAUAAGAGCAUGCUUGUAACAACAAACAUUAACAUUCUUGUUUUUUGUCAAUUAUUAUGUCUUUGUGAUUAUUUGGAGCCAAAAUUGAUACAUCAAUACAAAUAUGACCAAAUGCAGCCUUUAUAAUCUCAAUCUUCUGAUUCUAAAACAUCAAAACUAAACAUUUUAGUGAAGUUUUUUAAUACAGAAAAAAUGGUGCAAUUAGACUAAGUUUGGAUUGUAAAUUCUGAUUUAAUGCAUUUUCCUUUUAUGUAAAUAAACGUUUCUUCUGCACUGAUCGCUCACAUUAUUGGAUUUUUAUGUCCGUGUUCAGUGAUUUUCUAAUGAGCACCAAAUGUUCCAUGAAGAACGUAUUUAGAUGUCUUUUCUGCAGCAUCCUUUGUGCCGCUCUGACUGUUUAGCUUGCCUUCUCUCUGCUGCUGGGUGUGUUUACUCCUCCGGUGACAGUGUAUAGGUGUGAGGCGCUUGUCUGUACAAGUGGCAAGUAAACUGUUAUGACUAAUGAGUGGAAAGUUGGCCUCCUGUUGUUUUAUAGAUGUAUUUAGGCCACCUUUGUGGCAUGUUUUUAUAUGCUGACAUUGUUAAUCAUGCAUACACACACUUGCACAAAACACACGUGAAUCACUGGUUUUCCAAUGAGCACAUCCCUGUCUCACUUUUUCAUUUAUUUUUAUUUAAUGUUUUAAAUCUUUUCUCCACCCACUUUGCUCUGUCUCUGCCUCUGCAUGCAAAUGGAAAGAUGCUUCAGGAUGCUGAGAGGAGACUCAGACUUGUGCUGUCAUGUGAAGAGAUUGUCCAAUCAGGGUAUCUUGGGCCGUAUCAGGACUCCAUUGUUUCCAUGACACAAAACUGCGUUGUCGUGAGCAGCAUACUGGGACAAACCUGUGUCUUUAAAGAAAUGGAAAAGGGCAGGCAGACUGACAGAGAGCUUCGGCCAGAAGAAAUGGACGAGCUGCGAGAUGCUUUCAAGGAAUUUGACAAAGACAAGGACGGCUUCAUCAGCUGUAAAGACCUGGGAAACUGCAUGAGGACCAUGGGAUACAUGCCGACUGAAAUGGAGCUGAUAGAACUGAGUCAGCAGAUAAACAUGAACUUGGGAGGUCACGUUGAUUUUGAUGAUUUUGUGGAGUUAAUGGGCCCAAAACUCCUCGCUGAAACUGCAGAUAUGAUUGGAAUAAAGGAGUUAAAAGAUGCAUUUAGGGAGUUUGACACAAAUGGAGACGGUGCCAUAAGCACUUCUGAGCUCAGAGAUGCAAUGAGGAAGCUGCUGGGUCAACAAGUAGGUAUAAAAGAAGUAGAAGAUAUUCUAAGAGAGGUGGACCUGAACGGUGAUGGACUUGUUGACUUUGAAGAGUUUGUACGUAUGAUGUCUCGCUAAGAUCGUAAAAAGUCCAGAAUGUGAAGCUGUGUUGUUCUUCACACAAAACCACGAACAACCAUGGACAUGCCAAGAUUUCCUGAGCCAUUCAAAUUGAAACAACACUGGAAAUAAAGCUCCUCAGAUGCUGUGGCGUGAGGGGUCACCUCUCACUUUCAAUCAAUAAAGUGUUCUUCCUGAAAACUUUCCGGUUGAACUGAGGCAGAAUUUGCUGUAGCAUAGCUGAUGAUUGUCGACUUUAUGUGUUUGCACUUUAAUUCUCACUGAAUAACUUCCUGUGUGGGUAGACUCAGUGUCUCGUCCCUUGUCUGAUAUGUGUACAUGGUGUAACUGUCUUGCAAAAUGUUGCCUUUAAUGUUCAACUUUCAGAAUGAGACUGAAUGUAGAAAAUACAUAGAUCAGCACUGUUCAAUGAUUUUCACUUUAUGUGUUGUAUUCAAAUUUGUACUUGAAAUGACCUUCGUGGAACAAUAGUGCUCCACGAAGGAGUCCAUUUGGUAAUACCUGUAACCUUGUGAUCACCUGUAAGUUUCCACUGUGCCUGUCCAGUUCACUGAGAAGCAUCACAGUCUGAAAUGUAACAAUGUAGAUGAAUUUAACAAGGGGCAAAUCUCUGAAAUGCCUUGCUUAUUUUGUCAUCUGCUUGUUUGAGAUAAGAAGAAACUAAACCAGUGGUUCUCCAUCCUGGUCCUUGAGGGCCAGCAUCGUUGCUCAAGCACACUUGAGUAAAUGAUUGAAUCACCUGUGCAGAAGCUCAACAGGCUCUGCAGAAGCCUAAAUCAUCACCUGCUGAUUUGAAGCAGGUUUAAACUAAAACAUGCUGGAUACUGGCCCUCAAGGACCAGGAUUGAGAACCACUGAACCAGACCGUAUCUCCAUCCAUCCAUCCAUUUUCAUCUGCGUAUCCGGAGUCAGGUCGCAGGGGCUGUAGCCUAAGGCAAGAGGCCCAGACUUCCCUCUCCCCAUCCACUUGGGCCAGCUCCUCCGGGGGAAUCCCAAGGCCUUCCCUGGCCAGGUGAGAGACAUAGUCCCUCCACCGUGUCCUGGGUCUACCUUUAGGUCUCCUCCCAGUUGGACGUGCCCGGAAACCUCACCAGGGAGGCGUCCAGGAGGCAUCCUGACCAGAUGCCCGAUCCACCUCAACAGGCUCCUCUCGAUGUGGAGGAGCAGCGGGUCUACUUCGAGCCCCUCCUGAAUGACCAAGCUUCUCACCCUAUCUCUAGGGAGAGCUUAGCCACUCUUUGGAGAAAACUCAUUUCAGCCGCUUGUAUCCGCGAUCUCGUUCUUUCGGUCACUACCCAAAGCUUAUGACCAUAGGUGAGGGUAGGAACGUAGAUCAACCGGUAAAUCUAGAGCUUCGGCUUCUGACUCAGCUCUCUCUUCACCACGACAGACCGGUACAACUCCCGCAUCACUGCAGAUGCAGCACCAAUCCACCUAUCGAUCUCACGCUCCAGUUUUCCCUCACUCGUGAACAAGACCCCAAGAUACUUAAACCUCUCCACUUGGGGCAGAACCUCAUCCCUGACCCGGAGAAGGCAUUCUACACUUUUCCGAAUAAAGACCAUGGUCUCAGAUUUAGAGGAGCUGAUUCUCAUCCCAGCUGCUUCACACUCGGCUGCGUGCCGCUCCAGCGAAAGCUGAAGAUCACGCUCUGAUGAAGCUAACAGGACCACAUCAUCUGCAAAAAGCAGAGACCUGAUCAUCAGGCCACCAAAACGGAUGCCCUCCACACCAUGGCUGCACCUAGAAAUCCUGUCCAUAAAGGUUAUGAACAGAAUCGGUGACAAAGGGCAGCCUUGGUGGAGUCCAACUCUCACUGGGAACGAGCCCGACUUACUGCCGGCAAUGCAGACCAAGUUCUGACACCGGUCAUACAGGGACCUAACAGCCCGUAUCAAAGGGCCUGGUACCCCAUACUCCAUACCAUACCAGCAGCGGGUGAGGCAAUAUGGGACUUCUGUUGGUGUUCACAAGUUUGAAUUAACAGCUUUUUAAAUUUUUUAAAUGACUAAUAACUGUUUUUAAAGUUCUGUUUCGCUCUGCAUGAAAUUACACAGUGGGAGUCACCGAUGUGAUCUGUAGAUUUAACUGUUUGUUGUACCUUUACUGUCUGUCAAUCAUAGUUGAAGAUGUGUGGAUGUUCCACACAUCUGUGCUGUCAAAAGUAACAUUUUAUGCAUGCCAAAGAGGGACAUUUAUUGCAUUUAGUAUGCACAACUUUGUCUAAAAAACAAUCAACAAAAUAUUAUGCCAAGUUGACUGUAGGAAAUAAAAAGUGUUUAUAUUUAA